UCCGACUAGCGGGUACUUCUCUCGAGGCUUCUUCAGGGUCCGUGGCGGGGGAGCUCCCUCCCUGUCUCAACUUGCACGUCUCAGAAUACUCAUAGCAAUUUGUCUUCUAAGUUGCAGCUUGGCUAAGGUUCCAGUGCUCAGAUCAAGCUUGAAUAUGGAACAUCCAUGGCGUCAUCGACCAAUUCAAGGUAACGUAUGCCCUAUCUGCUCGAUUACUCACUUCCCAUUUUGCCCUCCACCCUUUCCAGUCGAUCAGAACCCUAUAUUCCCCUUGGAGACCGAUCACUCGCUACGCAGACCCGGUUUUGAUCCUCGAGGAUCAGUGGCUCUGCCCGGCCUGAACCCGACUGAUGGAUUUGGGGAACCGCGGUCUUGGGAUAGGAACCAUAAUUUAGAUCGAGACUAUCAUGGUCAAUUCCAGUUACAGCCUCAGAGUGGAGGUCCUACGAUGCCUAAUGGGAUUUAUUGGGAUAGUUUUGUGCCGUAUAAUCGUGGUGGCGAUGGUUUUGUGAGUGGCGGUGAUAGGAAUACUAAGAGAAUGAGGGUUGAUGAGGUCGGCGCAGGUGGUUUUUUGAGUGAGUAUAAUCAAAACCCUGCAAGGUCCGCAGAGGAUGAGCGAAGAUUGAAGCUGAUUCGCGAUCACGGUGUUGUGGCGGGCGGUCUGAUGCAGGGUGGUGCUAAUUCAGAUGCGGGUUUUAAAUAUGAAACUAAAGGAUAUUUUCAGGGAGGCUCGGUUUCAGGGUUCGGGAGAAGUUUUGUCAAUGCUGAUGUUGUGGACUAUGGGAAAUUCGAUGACUUGCGGGGCAGUAGAAGUGACAUGGCACCAAAACCACCAGUUAACACGGAGAGGAACAGCUUUCAGGAUCCAGGUUCAGGUUCUAAUGAUAAAAAAAGGCCAUUUGGGCGACACUAUCUUCAGAGUAAUACAAAUGGAUUUUUGCCAGAUGUGGACCGCCAUAUAUUUGGAAAUAUGGGCGGUGAUAAGGAUGCAUAUCUCUAUUCUCAUAAUGGAGAACUCCGGCACUCACAUCAUGAACAAGCUGAAAAUCAUUUGCAUUCAUCUUUACAUGGCUAUGGUCAUGAUGGUUUCUCAAGUCUGAAUGUCAACAGUGUGGAACAGGGCUGGCAAAAUCAAGGCAUGGCUGUUCGGCAUGGUACAGAUUGGGAUGAUCCGAAUCAGCAUCCGCCUCAGCAUGUUUCUCGCCUCAAUUCUGAAGUUUAUGAUGAGAAUUAUGGUGCCUGUAAUUUCCAAAGGGAUCAGCCUGGUGAUCUUAUGUCCACUAAGGAACCCCAAUAUUCUCAUCCAUGUAAAUGGCAGGUGAAAUCAGGAUCAAGUGGAUUGUAUCCUGAGCAGAGUAGUAGCAUUCCACUGGAGGAUUGUGGUCCAAGCAGCCAGGUGCCACAUCGACAUGAUUUCUCUUCUGCUGCCCCAAUAAGUGAUGAGAGACAGCAAUUUGAAGUUAAUACUGCGUCAUACAGCAAUUCGGGGUCGAUUGGACAUCAAAAAAUUCCUGAGAUUCCUCAUUAUGCUCCACUGAGUUUAAACAGAGAAGGAGGUUAUUCACCAAUUCCUACCGGCACUAGCAUGGGUUCAGGGAAUGUGGUUAUCAUGCAGGGUUCGGGUGGAUAUGGUGUACCACCUCCUCUUCCUACUUCUCCACCACCACCUUUCCUUGGGGGCCCACUGGGGCAGGCUUCAUCAGAUAUGAAAGCUAUAUUUUCAUCAUCAAAAGCAUCCUCUCCACUCUUUCCCAUUUCGUCUGGUACUUCAGCUCUUGUAGCUUCAUCGUGUCCUCCAGUUCCUGAAGCGCAUUCUUUUGCCAAGCCCUAUUUUCAUAAUAAGUCACAUCUUCAUUCUUCUGGUUUUAUUAUUGAGGAAACUCAAGCAAUUCAUCAAACAUCAUCAAAGCUGUCUAGAGCCGAGGGCCAACCUUUUCCAUUGAAGCAAUUGUCAUUUGAUAAGCCAAAAUUUAUGGAUGCUUCCCACUUAUUUCGGCAGCCACAUCGAGCUACUCGCCCUGAACAUAUUGUGAUUAUACUUCGAGGGCUUCCAGGUAGUGGAAAGAGCUACUUAGCAAAGAUGUUGCGUGAUCUUGAGGUUGAAAAUGGUGGGAAUGCUCCACGUAUUCAUUCCAUGGAUGAUUAUUUCAUGACUGAAGUUGAAAAGGUUGAGGAGAGUGAAGUUUCAGUGAGAGGCAAAAAACCAGUUAUGAAGAAGGUGAUGGAGUAUUGUUAUGAGCCGGAAAUGGAGGAGGCGUAUCGCUCAAGCAUGCUGAAAGCAUUUAAGAAAACACUGGAGGAGGGGGUUUUUUCCUUUGUAAUUGUGGAUGACCGCAAUCUGCGGGUAGCUGAUUUUGCUCAGUUUUGGGCAAUUGCAAAGAGAUCGUGCUAUGAAGUUUACCUAUUAGAAGCGACAUACAAGGAUCCUGCGGGUUGUGCAGCUAGGAAUGUGCAUGGUUUUACCCUAGACAGCAUACAAAAGAUGGCUGGAGAAUGGGAAGACGCUCCAUCCUUGUACUGGCAACUGGACAUCAAGUCAUUAUUCCAUGGAGAUGAUUUGAAGGAAAGCGGGAUCCAAGAGGUAGACAUGGAUAUGGAAGAUGGGGAUUUUGAUGGUGUUUCUGCAUUACAAGAAAGAAACUCUGAGAAGAUUGCAGCAUCUUCUGUUGAGGACUCUGCUCCUUAUGAUUCUACAAGUGAUGGAAGGAGAUGGGAUGCUGAAAGAGACCACCCAGCAGAAGUAAAAGGCUUAGGGAGGAGUAAAUGGUCGGAUGAUUUGGAGGAAAAUGAUACUGCAAAAAGAGAAAGUGUGAAGGGGAGUUUAAAUGCUCUUUCUGGGUUGAUUCAAGCAUAUGGCAAGCGAGCUAAAUCUGUACAUUGGGGUGAUCAGGUUGCUGCUACAGGAUUCUCGAUUGGUGCAGCAAAGAAGACAAACACAUUGGCUCUUGUGAUUGGACCUGGCUCUGGAUACAACUUGAAAUCAAAUCCCUUGUGUGAAGAAGAAAAACCAGGAACAAUCCAAACUAGUGGUGAGUCGAAGCGACACAGCAUAUUCCAAGAACGACUCCGCGCAGAGCGUGAAUCCUUCAAAGCUGUUUUUGAUAGGAGGCGACAGCGGAUUGGACUUGAAGUGGAUGAGGAAUAAAAAUUGAAGAACCAGCAUUUCUUUUGUUCCCCUUUUAACCAUGUAUUUUUAGGGCAUUCACUUUUUAUUUUUUUCAAGUAGUACAACUGCCCAUGAUAAUGAAAUUAGGGAUUUCUUUUCUUUGCACUGGGAAUUGUAUGAUCUUAUUAGCAUUAUGGGAACUGUUGUACAAUUGGUAGAAAUUAGCACGACCCCUACACUUUUUUUUUUUUUUUUUCAUUUGUAACUGUAAAGUGGCGGUAAUAGAGGAAAGUGCCUCGACCGAACUAUGAUUAUAUGGCAUUUUUUGGCUUUGUUUUAUUAAAAUGGAUGAUGGGUUAGAUUGAAA